AUGUCAAAUUCUGUCUUCUUAAUUGGCUCAUUCGCCGGUAGUCUAGUAUUAUUAUGGUCAUCCCGUUUUCCCCGUUGCAUACUCAGUAUUACCGGUGUUGAUAUACUAGUUGGUUCAAUAGUCUAUUGUAAAGUUCGAUGGCUGUUUGGACGUUGGGGUCUCAACAUGCCAUUCACAUGUCUUUGUUUAGCAAGUAUUGAUCGUUUUCUACAUACUUCACGCAAUGUACGGCUUCGUCGUCUCUUUACCGUGCAACGAGCUUAUAUACUUGUGAUCAUAUUUAGUAUGAUUUAUUUAGCGAUCUGUAUUCCAGAUGGUAUCUACUAUUCGGGAUAUUCAUGUACGGCAUCAGCCAAUAAACGUGCUAUAUAUACAAAUUUCAUCACAUAUUUUAACUUGAUUGUCACCAAUAUUACCUCAUUGGUCGUUCUCGGCACGUUUAGUAUGCUUACAUGGUAUAAUCUCUGGUCCACAAGACACACUCGGCACAAUCACUUGCAACAGCAAGUUAAUCGAAUGAUGCUCGCUGAAUUUGCAAUGGCUUUUAUUACCACAUUACCCAAUUUCAUAUACAACAUCUAUUCACAAAUUACUAUGUCAGUGAUAAAAUCUCAGUUAAGAUUGGCAAAAGAAAAUCUUUGGACAAAUGUAAGCGUUGUUAUUAGCUUUACAAUGAAUGUAGGAACGUUCUACGUCUAUAUGAUCGUAUCUCCAGCAUACAGACGAAAUGUACGAACUGCUUUAUGCUUUAAAAAACAAAAUCGUGUUACAUCACAACAAAUAGCAUUACAAACUGGAACAACAGGUCAGCGUGUUGGUACAAUAACUACUCGAUCGUGA